AUGUCUGGUUUCUUAAAUUAUGUAGUGGACAGGUAUAUUCCAAUUAUACCUUUGUGGUCAGGUCUAAUGUUAGAUAAUGACAGAAAACAUUUGUAUUCAAAUGCUGCUGUCGAAUCAUUUUUCAAUACAUUAAAUAACAAUAUCUGCCAUCGUGAAGAAUAUGUGAAAGCAGGACAUUCCGUGGAGAAAUUGAGAGAAGGGCGCAAACUUUUCGGCGGCUACAGGAUAACGCCCCGAAUCUGCAAGCCCACGAGGACGAUUCACAUGCCGAUCAGCGAACGAGGAGCGACGAUAUGCAUGUUCAACCACGAGUGCGCGAGGCGCGGCGGCGAGGUGGUGGGCGCCUGCAUGGAUGGCUUUCUUUUUGGUGCCUGCUGUCAACUUCCAGCUGUCGAGGUGCCGACCCUGGUAUCGUCCGAACCUGUCGUUAUGGACAUAUCAAAUAGUCACGAUUUUAGCGAUAUGUUUGCCCAUGCUGGUGUCGGUUCUUCCAGCAAUGGCAUAUCUGCUCUCGAUCACUUCAACAAAUACGGUGGCAGUAGCGGAGGGCACAGUUCCACCCGCAAACCCUCUCCCUCUCCUGAUUAUUCUGGUUCAUCCGAAUAUACUGAUGAGUUACCGAGUAGAAUACCAGUGUUUUCUAAUACUGAAAAGUAUCACGAUUUUUCGGGUAGCGGUGUUUUAAGUAACUCUAUAUACGAAACUGAAUCUCCUGAACAUUAUAAUUAUAGCAGUAUUACUCAUGAUGAUGCUGAUACGGUUCUUGUACAUUUGAAUGGAUCCAAAGUAACAGAUGUCGCUAGGCCGAGUGACUUCAGUUCUGAAUCGGUAACAGCAAGCACGGGCACAGGCUACUAUAAAGAUAAAUUUGAUUCAACGUUAAUGCCUUUAUCACCUGAAGAACUAGCACAAAAACCAAUAUAUUUACGGCCCAUGUUCCGGCCGAAGCCAACACGAAGACCGCCAUCUGACAAUGAUAAAUAUGUACUUGUACAUACUGUGAGUAAUCAAAAGCCGGCUACUCAAAGACCGGAGAAUAAUAAAACUCCUGAAAUUGAAUCCAUCGAGUCCAUCAUAAUGAUGUUGAAUGAUUCCAAACCGGAAUAUACUGGUCAUACUGAUGUCAUGGGGCAUAGACAUCCAAGUACUAAACCAUCACAUUAUGGACAAUCGACCACAAAAUCACCACCAUCGAUAUCCUAUGUAUACAGCCCAACAGUAAAAAGACCGGGAUAUGAACCUAAUCAUAAAAUUACGCAUGGGCAAGGUAUAUCAUCGCACACUACAAGUGCUAAACCGCCAUCAACAAGUUAUGUGUAUAGCCCCACGCCGACAAAAUAUAUUCCUAAUAAGUUGGGAGUUGAUUCAAAAACUACCGAAUCAUACGGAAAUGCAAUAAAAACUCCAUCGACGAGUUAUGUCUAUAGUGCUACACCUACUAAGCGGCCCCCUUCCAAUUCUCACUAUUCUAUUUCGCCAACUAAGAGUCCAAGUAAUUAUAACUAUAGUCCUACUCCAACCGUAAUCAUUUUAGAUGUGCCCAACGGUAAUGGUAAUGUUAACAAAAUAUCAAAUCCAGGUGAUAAUACUGAAUAUUACACGCCAACACAAACUAUUAAUUUUAGACCAAGUGCAGGUGGUGUUGUGCAUAAUUCACCCACAAUAACUAUCAGUCAUCAUGUGUCUGCAUCGCAUGGAAUUCAAGUACUUAAUAAUGGAGCUACUGAGAGGCCUGCACCAACGAUACUUAUUACACCAAAACCAACCACUAAUAUUGUAACAGCUAGCAGUUGGUCGAAUCGGCCCGGUGUAAAUCGACCUACUAUAAUCAAUAAAGUUACAUUAGGCGCAACAACGCACUUACCUAUGUCUACAUUUGGUUUGGCUACGAGUACUAGACCACCAUCGACGUCGUAUGUGUAUAGUCCGUCGAUCACAAAGCGCCCUGGUUCAACGACUCCUAGUUCCACAGUAGGGUAUGGUUCUCUAUAUGUUCCACCAAAAGAUGAUUAUGAUCAACAAACAUCACAAGAUGAUUUGAUAAAUUUUCCUCCAGUACGGAAUCCUAAUUUAAAUACGUCUAUAAUGCAUUUAGCAAAUUAUAAUAAUAAAAAGAAUGGAACACUUUUAGAUUAUGAUGAUAUUGAAAUAUCAACACCAAGCUUUAUCGAAGAUGGUAUAUUAGAUGAUAAAAUAGAUUUAUUUGUUAAUAAGAUAGUAGAGUCGUUGCAGGGAAAUUUUCAAGGAUUGACAGAUGUUGUUUACAACAAUAAAAAUGCAAGCCAAGUACUUGCUGCUAAUACGCCAGCAAGGCCUCAAAGGCCUGCAGAUACGCCGGUAACGAGGCCAACGCGGCGUCCUACAACGACUACUACAACCCGAAAACCGCCCACACGAAGGCCAAGUACUCCGACUAGAAGGCCUUCGACGACUGUCGCCCCUAGCAGGCGCACAACAACGACUAAAAGGCCAGUUACGACAACAAAACGGCCGCUACGUGCCACCACAACCCCAACAACUAAAAAACCGAUUACAACGAGAAAGCCUAAGCCCACCACCCAGAAAGUGAAACCCGCAGAUACAACAAUUACGACGAAAAGACCACAGAGGGUAAAAUGCGGCAUUCGACCACUAAUAAAAACAGCUCGAAUCGUUGGUGGAAAAGGUGCACAAUUCGGACAAUUUCCUUGGCAAGUUUUAGUACGAGAAUCAACGUGGCUCGGAUUGUUUACUAAAAAUAAAUGCGGUGGAGUGCUCAUCACAAAUAAAUUUGUAAUGACAGCAGCGCAUUGUCAACCCGGAUUCUUGGCUUCGCUUGUUGCUGUGUUUGGCGAAUUCGAUAUAUCUGGCGAUUUGGAAUCGAAGAGAUCUGUAACUAAAAACGUUAAGCGUGUAAUUGUUCAUCGACAAUAUGAUGCAGCAACAUUUGAAAAUGAUUUGGCCCUUUUAGAGUUAGAAAGUCCUGUGCAUUUCGAUAGUCAUAUAGUUCCUAUCUGUAUGCCUCCUGAUGGAGCUGAUUUUACGGGAAGGAUGGCAACAGUAACUGGAUGGGGUAGGCUGAAAUACCAAGGUGGUGUGCCAUCUGUCCUUCAGGAAGUACAGGUACCAGUGAUCGAAAACAGCGUUUGCCAGGAGAUGUUCCAUACAGCUGGCCAUUCGAAGAAAAUCUUGGAGUCAUUCCUGUGUGCCGGUUAUGCGAACGGGCAAAAGGAUUCUUGUGAAGGUGACAGUGGAGGGCCGCUGGUUCUUCAGCGGCCAGAUGGAAGGUGGCAACUUGCUGGUACUGUGUCUCAUGGUAUCAAAUGUGCGGCGCCAUAUCUGCCUGGUGUUUAUAUGAGGACGACGUACUACAAGCCCUGGCUGCAGAGCGUCACCGGCGUUCACUAA